AUGCAAUUUCUGUCUGGGCUAGCGUUUUUCAGAGUUAGACCAUUAUUAUUUUCCAGACGCCUAUCAAUGCAUUAUCCAGACACGUCUUUCCACCAUGGAUUGCCAGAGACAAUCAAACCUGUGAGCUAUGAUGUUCGUAUCUCCAACAUUGAUGUUGCCAAGAAGACAUUUCAUGGACUUUGUAAGAUUGAUUUCCAUGCUCAGGACACCGUCAAGUCUGUGAUCCUGAAUCAGAAAUUGUUGCAAAUAGGCAAAGCUGCUGCCAGCUCCAACGACAAGGUCAUUGUUCUUUUGGACACCGUUGCCAACAACAAAGACGAGACUGUGGAGUUCAAAUUUGCAGAGCCAUUGAAACCCGGCCCGUUGAGUCUAUCCAUUGAGUACACCGGCCCAAUUCGCACAGACAUGGGAGGCUUUUACGACUCGAGCUAUAAGGAGGGCGACAAACUGCACACCUUGCUGUGCACGCAGUUUGAGUCGACAGACGCACGGUCUGCUUUCCCUUGUAGCGACGAACCUGCGUUCAAGGCAACGUUCAGACUAAGUUUGACAAUAGACAGCCAGUACGACGCGCUUUCCAAUAUGCCAGUCGAUAAGAUUGAGCCACACGGUCUGACGAAAACGGUCACAUUUUUGCCUUCGCCAAAAAUGUCCACCUACCUGGUAGCAUGGUGUAUUGGCAAGUUUGAAUAUGUGGAGUCCAAUUUGAACGGAUUGCCAAUUCGCGUUUAUACGGUUCCUGGACAGUCGCAGAACGGCAAGUAUGCGCUAUCGGUGGCGGAAAAAGCUGUUGAUUAUCUUUCCAAAGUGUUUGACAUUGCUUAUCCGCUGCCAAAGCUGGACCUGAUCGCCGUACCUGCCUUUGGAGCCAACGCGAUGGAGAACUGGGGUCUCGUUCUUUUCAGGGCCACCGCGCUGCUGUUCGACCCAGAGAAAUCGGAUCUGGCGUACAAAUCCAAGGUGGCAUACGUUGUUUCGCACGAGAUCGCCCACUCGUGGUUCGGCAACUAUUGUACAAUGAAUUGGUGGUCAGAUCUCUGGCUCAACGAAUCGUUUGCAACCUAUAUUGGCUGGCUCUGCGUCGACAACAUGCAUCCCGAGUGGGACGUGUUCACAGACUUUGUGUCGUCUUCUGUUCAGGCGGCCUUGGACCUGGACUCUCUAACCAGCUCGCAUCCAGUGGAGGUCCAGGUUCUGAAUGGACGCGACAUUGACCAAAUAUUCGACUAUAUUUCGUAUCUGAAGGGAGGUUCUGUCGUGCGCAUGGUUGCUGAGAGCGUUGGUGUUGAUUUGUUUCUGAGCGCUGUCUCCAAAUAUUUGAAAGAGCACAGUUUCGGCAACGCCCGCUCCGACGAUCUCUGGGAUGCUGUCAGCGCUACCACCGGCAAGGACAUUACGAAGUUGGUUGCUCCUUGGAUAAGAGCCGUUGGUUUCCCAUAUCUGCACGCCAAACUAGCAGGUGACCAGGUCACAAUCACGCAGCAGAGAUUUCUGCUUGCUGGGAAGUCUGACGACACAACCUGGUGGAUUCCCGAGCUCAACAUGACGGAGAAAAGCAAGACGGUCCCUCUGGAGCAGUUCACAAAGCUCAACAAGUCCACCACGGGCUUCUAUCGUGUUGUUUAUGAUCCGGCACUCUUCGACCGCAUUUUGGUUGAUUUGAACGCCAGAGAUAAGAUCGGACUUGUGGCAGACACGUUUGCCGCAGCCCAGGCCGGCCUCAGCUCGACGAAGACUUGCUUAGAGCUCGUGGAGCGGUUCAAAGACGAAGAAGAGUACGCUGUGUGGGCAGAGAUCGCCAAACGGCUGGGUGCUCUGAAGAGACUUUACUUUGGCUCGGCAAAGCUGGACUCUCUUGUCAAAUUCAGCAAGCAGGUGUACGAGCCAAUUCUGAAGAAACUGAUGGAGAAAAAAGGGCUCAGCUUUCAAGAAUCAAAGUUGCGUUCCCUGGUGUUUGAGCAAUGCGGACUAUCUCAGUCCUCGCUUGCCUUGGAAUACGCUCGCUCUACCUCAGAUCCUUCUUUGCGCCGCGCCAAGCUCACCACUCUACUGGCGUCCAAGGAAUGCACCCGCGAAGAGCUUUUGCAGGUGAUCGAGGAGGUGAAAACCCCGUCUUCUGUUGACGCGCGUGAGAUCGCGCUCUUUGCCCUUGGAUCCGUGAGCAACAAGGCGUACUUGGAUGAUAUCUUUGCCCUCUUCUUCACCGAGUCUCUUCCUGAGAUGGACUACAUCUUUCUUUGCGGCUCGCUGAGUUCGAACCCCGUGGCCCAAGGACCUUUCUGGAACUUCUUCAAGGCCAACUUCGACCGGUUCCACAAGGAGACGUCGAUCUGGACUCUAGACAGAGUGCUCAGAAACUUCCUGCCAAACUUUGGCUCCGAAACACUCUAUGCCGACGCCAAGUCGUUUUUUGCCGGGAAAGACCUGACCGGCUUCGACAAAGGAGUGAGCCAGUCGCUAGAGGCCAUCGACGUCAACGUGAAAUGGGCCAGACAGAGUGAUUUAUAA